UUCCUGGUGGCCAUGCCGAACGGAAUCUUCGCUCUGUCCCGUAAUCAUCCUCUGUACGCCUCAGCUAAACUCUCUAGCAAAGUCACCAUUCACCUGCUGAGUCAGCUGGUAGCUGUGUCCAGUGCUCUCAUAGCCCUGGCUACUAUCAUCACCAACAAAGACAACAACAAAGCAGAUCACUUCACUACACGGCACGGCCUCAUCGGCCUUAUCACUUGUAUCGCCAUGGUUGGGGCAACCAGCGGCGGUGUCCUAGCCAACAACGCUCAGCUUGUCAAGGCGUUCAUUAAACCCGCCGCCAUGAAGUCCAUCCACGCCUUUGCAGCUGGCUGUGCCGUGUACCCGCUCGCCAUGACAACCAUUGUCUUGGCGACGUAUUCAAACUUCCUCGUUUCUGCUCUGCCCAUUGCCUACAUGCGGUAUACAAUUGCUGGCGUGGCCACCAUCAUGGCUGUCGCUGUCUACGUCCAGGUGUCCCAGCGUGGCGCUCGCAAGACCGUCCGUGCCGACUAGUCCCUCGUUUCUCUCCUGUAUAUGCGCUCUCUCUCUCUCUCUCUUUCUCUCUCUCUUUCUCUCUCUCUCUCUCUCUCUCUCUCUCUCUCUUUCUCUCUCUCUCUCUCACUCUUUUCAUUCCUCUCUUUUGCCUUUUUUCAAGUCCUGUUAUGGAUAUAUCGUUGAGUGCCUAUGUAUUUCUGUCAAGUUCUUGAUGUCCAUAAUUAUUGUUUUGAAGCGUGCAAUGUUGUUUUGAAGCCUGCAAUGUUCAAUGUUUUCUCCUCUUUGCUUUCUCUCUGACUACAACGUAUUGUGGACCGUGA